AAAAAAGAUGUAAAAUGAAUGCGGUUGAAAAAAAGAUGUAAUAGUGAAAGGAAAACAAGGAAGGGAGAAAAAGUGUUGUUUAUCCACAAUAGAAUAGAAUACAAUGGCGGUGGUCGCCGGUUGCUCCUCCACCUGUCUUCUUCUUCUUUCCACUGCACGCCUUCGUCGUCGAAAGCUGCUAGUAAUGAAUGUCCAAAACUUUAGCACAACAACUUCUUCCAAAACCACCCAUGAUUCUAAGCUACACAGUUGUGGUGGUGCAUCAACAACAACUGGGGAUAUUAUUGCCCAUUUGCAUCAGACAAUGAGGUUUGUAAGAUCCUUACCAGUAGGACCCAUUAUUGCUAAUGCUUUGGUAUUAGCUGCACCUUUAGAAGCCCUAGCAGAGACAUGUGAGGCAGAGCAAUCUGUCUUUAAUAUGAACAUGCCCCUGUUGCUACUUGUUGCUCUCAUUGGGGCCACAGUUGGAGGACUGCUUGCUCGUCAAAGAAAGGCAGAACUGCAACGACUGAAUGAACAAUUGAGACAAAUCAAUGCAGCUUUAAAGCGGCAAGCAAAGAUAGAAUCAUAUGCACCCACUUUAAGUUAUGCUCCUGCUGCUGCUAGAGUACCAGAUAAUGAAGUAAUUGUUGAUCCAAAGAAACAAGAGUUAAUAUCCCGUCUCAAAAACGGGAAAAACUUUCUUAGAAAUCAAAAUCCAGAUAAGGCAUUUUCCGAAUUCAAAGCCGCCCUGGAGCUUGCCCAGAACAUUAAAGAUCCGAUCGAGGAAAAAAAGGCCGCAAGAGGAUUAGGAGCAUCAAUGCAGAGGCAGGGCAAGUAUAAAGAAGCCAUUAAAUACCAUUCAAUGGUGCUAUCAAUCUCAGAAAGAGAAGAAGAAGACUCGGGAAACACAGAAGCGUUUGGUGCCAUAGCUGAUUGCUACACCGAGCUUGGUGAUCUUGAGAAAGCAGCCAGUUUUUAUGAUCAGUACAUUGCUAGAUUACAAGCAGAUUAAUUUAUUUCUUUCAACAUCAAAACCCGUUUUUUUUUCUUUUCUAGUUGAGACGUUUGCGGCUCUGGGUUACCCAAAGAUUCGCUUCUUUUGUGAUUUUUGACAGCUUGUAACAAGACAGGGUAAACAUUAGCUCUUUGAGAAUCACUAACGAAUGUAUGCAGCCUUGAACAUGAACAUUCUUAAAAGCAGUGAAUAUACCGCAUUGAAGUUCGCAA